UACUUGAAGUAAUAAAUUGUGCUAGUCUGAGGAGCACUCUUUUUUGUGUUAAUCUAAAGCAGUGAGGCUGCUGCAUCAUUCAGCAUCUAUCACUCAUCACCUAGUGCUGUCAACUGUUUCCGCGAUCACUGCAAAUUAAGAUUUACGAGUGCAAUCAUGGAAGACGGCCCUCUCCACGUUGUGGCGUUCCCAUGGCCGGCCUUCGGCCACAUGCUGCCCUUCCUCGAGCUCUCCAAAUCCUUGGCCGAGAGGGGCCACCGCGUCUCCUUCAUCUCCACCCCGCGCAACCUCCGGAGGCUCCCCCAAAUCCCCCCCGGCUUAUCCCCUCUCGUCGACUUCAUCUCCUUCCCCCUCCCCCACGUCGACGGCUUGCCCCCCGACGCCGAGUCGACCAACGACAUCUCGCCGGAUCAGAUACAGUACCUCAAGAAGGCCCUCGACGGCCUCAAAACCCCUUUCGCCGAUUUCCUGAAAGACUUCUCCAAGAAGCCGGAUUGGAUCAUCGUCGACUACGCUCAGUACUGGCUGCCUCCGGUCGCCGCCGAGUUCGGCAUCCCCUGCGCCUUCUCCAUCCUUCCUGCUUCGUCCCUCGCCUUCUUUGGCCCGCCGUCGGUUUUACUCGACGGGGGCCCGCGAAGAAGCAUCGAGGAGUACACUAGGCCGCCGGAGUGGAUCCCCUCCUCCUCGAUCGCCUAUCGCCUCCACGAGGCCCGAUGGGUGGUGAAGGCCCACUGCAAGAACGCGUCCGGCGUCUCCACCGCCCACCGCCUCGGCGCAGUCGUCGGCGGAUGCAGGUUCGUCGCCGUGAGGACGGUCAACGAAUUAGAAUCCGACUCGCUGCGGCUUCUCGCCGAGAGUAUCUACAAGAAGCCGGUCAUUCCGGUCGGGCUCCUAGCUCAGGCUCCCCAGCCUGUAGGCGAUGCAAGAGCGGUUAUUGAGUGGCUCGACGCUCAGUCUCCCGGGACGGUCGUCUAUGUAGCUUUCGGGAGCGAGGCGACGGUAGCGAGCGAGCUCGUGGAGGAAUUAGCCUGCGGGCUUGAGCUUUCGAAUGUGCCCUUCCUAUGGGCUUACAGGCAGCCGGGCGACCUGCCCGCGGGCUUCGAGGACCGACUGAGGGGCAGAGGAGCGGUCGCGGGCGGCUGGGUGCCUCAGCUCAAUGUGUUGGCACAUCGAUCGGUCGGCGCCUUCUUUACGCACUGCGGGGCGAGCUCGGUCAUCGAGGGGCUCCGGGUCGGGCAUCCGCUGAUCAUGCUGCCGUUGAUAGCCGACCAAGGGCUGAUCGCGCGGGUGAUGGCGGGGAAGAAGGUCGGGGUGGAGGUGCCGCGGGACGAGCAGGACGGGUCGUUCACGCGCGAGGGGGUGGCGGAGGCGGUGAGGAUGGUGAUGCUGGGGGAAGAAGGGAAGGCGUUCGGGGCCAGAGCUAAGGAAAUGAUGGAGAUCUUCGCGGACGACGGCUCCAGUAGCCGGCACAUGGAUGAGUUUGUUGGCUGUUUGAGGAGUUGUGCGAAAGAUUAAGAAGAUCGAAUAACUGUUUCUGGAUUUUCUUCUUUCCUAACUCUCUCAACCGGCAACGUGGAUUCAUCUUGAAUCAAAAAUUGAUAUCGUAUCUAUCGUAUCUUGUAUUUGGAGAAAUAAAUUUAUAUACAUAUUUAAAUGAGAAAAAUGAAUGAUGAUACAUGUUUUCCGUAGAA